GACAUAUCUCUCUCUCUCUCUCUCUCUCCAUCCAUGGAGUCACCACACCAGACUGCCUCCCCGAUCCUCCCAGGGAGGUGGCGCCGCUAUCUUCCCCGCUUCUCUUGCGCCACCAGUUUCCGCCUCAAGACUUCAUUCUGGUCCGAACUCGGUGGCUCCGUGGGUGACCUGGGCACCUAUAUCCCAAUCGUCCUUGCUCUCACACUGGUCAACCAACUGGAUCUGGGCACCACACUCAUCUUCACAGCCCUCUAUAACAUCAUCACAGGAUUCCUCUUUGGUAUUCCCAUGCCUGUCCAGCCCAUGAAAUCCAUCGCUGCAGUCGCCAUCUCCGAGUCCCAAACCCACCUCACCGUUCCCCAAAUCAUGGCCGCUGGUAUCUCCACCGCCUCAGUCCUCCUCCUCCUCGGAGCCACCGGCCUAAUGUCCUUCUUCUACCGCUUCAUCCCUUUACCCGUCGUUCGCGGUGUUCAGCUUUCCCAAGGUCUCUCCUUUGCCUUCUCAGCCAUCAAAUACAUCCGUUACAAUCAAGACUUCGCAACUUCUAAAUCGGGCUCUGCUCGCUCCUGGCUCGGCCUAGAUGGGCUUAUCCUUGCCCUCUCCGCGCUCCUAUUCGUUGUCCUUACAACGGGUUCUGGAGAUUCCAUCGAUGAAUCUGAACCUCAAUCUCUGCUUGAAUCGAGAGAACCCCAUCGUCGCCGUCGUCCGGUUCGAAGGAUUCGUAUCUUAUCGGCAAUUCCAUCUGCGAUUCUGGUAUUCCUCCUGGGUCUAAUUCUCUGUUUCGUUCGUAACCCUUCCAUUGUUAAGGAUCUCAAGUUCGGCCCUUCGAAGAUACAUGUGGUCAAGAUCUCGUGGGACGACUGGAAAACCGGAUUCGUUCGAGCUGCAAUCCCUCAGAUUCCUCUCUCUGUUCUCAACUCUGUGAUUGCAGUUUGUAAAUUAUCAGCCGACCUAUUUCCUGAGAAGGAGGUGUCGGCCACGGCAGUUUCAGUAAGUGUGGGAGUCAUGAACUUAGUGGGUUGCUGGUUCGGUGCAAUGCCUGUCUGCCAUGGCGCAGGUGGGUUAGCAGGGCAGUACCGUUUCGGGGGACGAAGUGGUGCUUCGGUGCUGUUUCUGGGAAUAGGGAAACUGAUUUUGGGGCUUGUUUUUGGGAACUCGUUUGUGAAGAUAUUGGGUGAGUUUCCAAUUGGGUUAUUGGGGGUUCUCUUGCUCUUCUCUGGAAUUGAAUUGGCAAUGGCUUCCAAGGACAUGAAUACCAAGGAAGAGUCUUUCGUAAUGCUGCUUUGUGCUGCUGUGUCGAUGACUGGUUCAAGUGCUGCUUUGGGUUUCGGCUGUGGGAUUGUUCUGUUUUUGCUGCUGAAGCUCAGGGAAUUGAAUUGUUUCUCUUCAAGCCUCAACAAAUCCAUAGAUUCUAAUGAUAUUGAUUCUAAUCUCCUUCAUUAGGAGAUGAGAUUGGUCCU